AAUGGUAACCACUGGAGCAUAUUACAACACCUUUUUUAUCUGCGAUUGUUUACUCAUCUUUGGUUGACGUUGUGUGUAUUUCGGUGGGUUGUGCAGAAGCCGUUGAAAACCUCCCAUUCAACACCGGCGUAACUUUAGGCCCACUACAACGGAAGGUCCCCAGUCUAGCCCGGGGCUUUGAAUUCUGAGGUCGUUAGCACACAGAAAGUGUAGGUUAUUGCCCUGUAAGUCAGAAGGUACGGCCUCUCUCACUCUGAACUACAUUUGCUCCUUUUCCUACAAAGAGAAAUCUUGCUAAGACUAAUUACGCUUGGCACCGGCAACGACACUAUACCACGAGUCAGUGGAAAGACAUUAAAGCGUUCUGGUAUUCUAAUUAUUGUGUACCGGAAGCAAUCCCUGCUGCGGUCAGUGACAUAGAAAGUACAUUAGGCCUACUGUAUUAAACUUGAAGGUUUACUUACUGACUGACCCUCGAUAUAUCUGAUCAUUUCUAUUGUGAACUUUCUCUGUGACAGCAGUACUCUCGGGCACGUCCAGGUAAUCAUUUCAGAGUUCUAUGCCGUGGCCACCAACGGGUCAACCGAAAUUUACUUGGAAACCAACCAGUGAGGAUUUUCAGAAGGGUCUAUCAGGCCUGGAUGCAGCCUACAUCCGGGGAAUAAAUUCGCUGAAAAAUCCUUGUCCAAUGUCAUCGUUACGUGAACGCCUGACGAUUCCACAAUCUGGGGACGAGAAUGAGGUCCCGCGAAGUAGGAAUUCUUUGACGUCAUACUCAAUGGAAAUGUUGCUCAAAGAUACAGACGAUCAUAAAGAGCGUCAACUUGCUCUCAAACCAUACGAAGGCGUUUUCAGUCGACACCCAGUAUCAUCUAUAUGUCACCCACCAUAUUGUAAUUCUUACAAUCAUAUUGUCAGAGAAGGACUGUCGGCCAAGUCGGUGCCAAGUGAUUCCGCUUUUCAUAGAAACUGCGAUCUGAGGUUCUGCAACCCGCUUCCAGGCAAUAUGCAUGAUCAUCUGGUGCACAUGCGGUCAGACUAUUCACAUAUUCCGUCAGGCCUUUCGCCUUCAACGAGUGCGCAUCUAAUCCCGCCAGGGUCUUUUAUGUCGCACUCUAGCUUUAAACCGUUCUGGUCACCCCCAGUUGAUCUUCUUGGACUAUCUGGGCACACUGGGCCAUUUCUGGUCCCUUCGUCAUUUUCUGGAUUUCCAUUAUCCUCGCGAGCUGACCGUCGGUAUACUGGUCGGGCAACGUGCGAUUGCCCAAACUGCCAAGAGAACGAAAGGCUUGCAGCAGCUGGGCAACCGAUACACAAGAAAAACGUACAUAGUUGUCAUAUUCCAGGAUGUGGGAAAGUGUACGGCAAAACAUCGCAUUUGAAAGCACAUCUACGCUGGCAUACAGGCGAACGACCUUUCGUUUGUAAUUGGCUUUUUUGUGGAAAACGAUUUACCCGCUCUGACGAACUACAGCGCCACUUGCGCACGCACACGGGUGAAAAGAGGUUCGCCUGCCCAAUUUGUAAUAAACGCUUUAUGCGGAGUGAUCAUCUGAGUAAGCAUGUGAAAACUCACUCGGGCCAAACUGCUAAUGUUAAAAGGAGUAGUUCAGGUAGCGCAGUUGUUAAAAGCAGUGAUAGCAAUGAAUCAGAUAGCCGAACCGAGUCUCCGCCCUCACCGGCCAAUACUAAAUCCAAAUUAAAUGACAGCCAAUCUGAAAUAUCGGCCUGAAUCUAGUACAGUACCUUCCAAAAUCUCAAAUUGUAAAUACUAUUAUUUAAUAACUAUGUAUCGCUUUCAUAUAGAAAGUAUAAAGAUCAUUGUCUUAUCAGAGUAUUGUUUUGUUUAUUUCCCUAAAGAUAAUUAUGAUUUUACUUAGGGGGCCUGUAUUGUGAGAUUAAAGAUCUUAUGUCGAAUGUGUGUAUGAUAUGAUCAGCAAAUUAAAUUAUUUAAUUAUUUCAUCUUGUAUUGAUGUUCAGAAUGAAAGGAAAUAAUGUACAGCUGUUGACGUUAAAUUGUUAUUUUAUGGAUCGAUUGAUUCAUUUUAAUUUGAGCAAAUAGCUAAUUCUCCAUUAAUUGUAUUUCUUAAAUCAGGUAUUUAGGAUUUAGAGCUAUUAAGCCUGGUUUCCAUAAAAUCGCUGCACCGUCGCUACAAUAUUUUCAGUGUAAUCAAUGUACUACGUAGUAGUCCCUGACGCAAUCAUAAAGGUUCCCCGAUUCGACCGACCAAUCAGCGUCACCGAAAUCUGCCGGCGAUAGUGUGUAGCGAUUGUAUGGAAACCAGCUUUAAUGGUAGCUAUAGGUGGGUGGUAGAUACGAUGCACAUAAUUUAUGUAAUACGUUCAUAAUUUUGUUAUAUUUCGUAAGAUUAUGGAUGUCUUAAUUUGAGCAUGUACGUACCACCAAUACAAUAUUAUAUAUGACGGCAAUGUCAAACAAUAACGAAUAUGUUUUCUAAUCCAAUGUUUCAAUUCUGGAUAUUUUUAUUAUGAAAUGUUUAAAUGCGUUUAUCCUGUACUAAUGAUAGAAUAUUAAAUAUCGUUACAUUCGACUAAGAGAGUAAUAUAAAUUAACCGUUAAAAGUAACCGCUCUAUUCAUGCAAGGCCUGGAAUAAUAGCAGGUACUAUAAUUAUUUAAUAGUUAAUUUAUGUGAAAGACGACCGAAGUCAACUAUCUUAAUGCAAAUACAUGCUUUGUCUUAUAAAGCAAAGUCGUACGUGCAAUGAUUGUUUGAAAACCGGAGAUAUAAUAAGGAUCUUGUUUAAAAGCUCAAUGGUGAAACCCUAGUGGGGCUCUGGCCGUUGUUUAGACAAAUAGGUCUUGUAGAACACAGUUAUGCGUACGCUGAUUAUUGGCUGAAUCAU